AUGCACUGCGAGUUCCUGUACGCGUACUGCAACAACGCAUGUGGCGCAAGAACAACCGAUCCAUCGUCCAGAUCUUGGUGGAAUGGAGUGGUGAACCACAAACUGAGCCAACCUGGGAAGACAAGGAUGUUCCGCGCCAGUUAUUCCCGCGUGCGCCGGCUUGGGGACAAGCCAGAUUUCAAGAACGGGGGGAUGUCAGCAGCCCGAUCGUCAACACUGAAGAUGAAGCUGAUCAAGGAGAGGCGCGGGAAGCGAGCAACUCAAGCACUGGGCCGGCAUGCGGGCCCAUCCACAGCAAGAGAAUUCCCCAGUGGCUUGCAAGCCCAAACUAGGCCCGCUAAGCGGGAGAUCCGGGCAAGACAAGCCGCGAGCGCCACCCGCAUCGUUGUCGGGCUGCCUCCGGACUCUCCGGAGGAGGAGGAGGAGGAGGAGGAGGAGGAGGAGGAGCAGCCCAGGGAAGAGGAGGAACAGGAGCUGGCUCCGAUGGAGGUGGAGCAGCAGGAACAUGAGCUGCUGGGCUUCAACAUGGAGCAGGCGGAGGCGGAGGAGAUGGCGAAGCAGCAGGCCAUCCUAGAGUCCAUCCAGGAUGAGGUCUAUGUGGAGGGCAACCGGGCGUUCCUCCGGCAGAAGCAGGCGUCCGACGCGCUCCUCACCGAACUCGACACAGAGAUAGAGGCGAAGGAGGCCGGAGCAAAGCAGCCAGAGCUGCAGCUGCCGCCCAUGCUGCCGGAGUCGGGCACGGAGAUCGUCGACAUCUCCGACGAUGAGUAG